AUGGAAAACAUCUGCUAUCGGUGUUCCAUAUCUGGAGAAUCGCUAAGCGAUCAGGCAUACCUCUUUUUCGACGGAUAUUUUUUAAACGAUUUUAACCAUGACACACCAGACGUGAAGGCAAAUCAAAAGAGUAACAUCUUUUUAGACAAUGAUAAAAAAAGGUUUUCAAAAUACGUAGAGGAUCAACGUAUAAGCACGAAAGAAGGAGACCUGCAAAAUGUGUAUAAGAAGGUGUACACCAAUUUAUACCUAUGCAAAAUGUGCAACGGGCUACACAAUAUCGAUUUGAUACUUUUUUACAAUAAAAAUAGUGCUUUCCAUCAUGAAGUGUUAAAGGAAAAUUCCCCCAUCAGCGCAGAAGAGGAAAAAAAUAUGAACAGUGUCUUUAAUAGCAUAAAAAGUGUACUUCACCUUCUGAACAGUAUUGACAUAGUUUUUUUCUUCCUCUACUUACACAAAACGAAGCAAAUUUUUUACAAAGAGGAAAAUGUUACCCAUAACACAUUUCACCGCAAUUGUGAACGUAUAAAAAAGUACAUUUUAAUACCUCCCCAAAGAAGAAGCAAUAAUUUUUCGAAUAAACAAAUUCGAAAGAUUUUUGCAUAUUUUUUGAUUUAUUUUUACUUAACAUUUUACCAUAAAAUAUGCGACGGUGUAUCCCUAAGUGUGGCCCAAACUGAAUUCGUCAUCAAUUUGUACAAACAAGCUGUGUUAAUUUUUAAUACUCACACAGGUGAGCACGAAGCGGUAAAAACCAAUCAGUCGCCUGAGACAGCGCACAGAAGUAACAGUCGAAGAUAUCGCCGUUACAAUAAAAAAAGGAAAAUAACAAAUGGAAGCGGUGGGGCAAAAGAAACCGCAAUAUUGCACAAUGAAGAGGAUGACGAGGCUGGCGAUAAUGACGACAAUAACCUUAAUGACUGUUUUGCCAAAAAUGAGGAAGAAACUGAAGAGGUAGAAGACAAAACGAAUGCCGCAAGUCCGUCCGAUGAACGCAAAAAUAGGGAACUAGCCCCCACAGACACACUUCCAACCGAUGAGGGCCAAAAUAGGGAAUUAGACCCUACAAACACAUUUCCAACCCUCGACGUAUACAUAUCGCUUAACAACUUAUGCAUCUGUGGCUACUACAAUAAAUAUAACAAAGAAAUGUCCCAAACCAAGUGGUUCAUAAACAAUGAGUCCCAAAGUGCACUGUCAGUGGAAGAAUGCAUUUAUCGGAUUUUUAAAAAAACAUUCCGAUCGGUUAAUUCGGUGUUUAUGGCGUCCGGAAGGGAAGACAAAGAUGUGCGAAUGAUGAGCAUAGGAAGACCCUUCGUCUUUGUCCUGAAAGAAACGAAAUUCUCCUUCCUAAAUUUUUAUCUCUUUUUUAGUAACUUAAAAAGGAUGGAAUUAACGGACACUGCUAGUGGUAACUCCUUUGAAGUUAAAACAAUAGAUCAGAUAAACCUCUUUCUCCAACAAGGAAACUGUGCAGAUGACAAUUCUUUGAGAGACCACAUGUCCAUAUCGAACGAAGGGAAUUCCCCCCCGCAGAGAGUUAACGACAGCUAUGCACUGCUAAACAAAAAAGACACCAUUUCGUUGUACGAUUUAGACUCCCAUAAAGUUCUUGCAGAACAGACAAAGGGUAAAACUGUGAAGGAACAGAAGAUACACAGUUUGAACCUUUCGCGUAACUACAAUAAGGAGCUGGAAGUUCUCCUAACAGGUGAGUCCAUCGGGGUAAACGAAAUGGAAAAUUUUAACCCAAUUGAUACAAAUGAUGCCAAGGGAGACUCCCAAAACGGCAAUUGUGACCUUCUUAACGGAUGUGUACCCCCAAACCAAGCGACCAAUUUGGAAAUCUUAAAAAAAGACGUUACACAGAAUGCCAAUCGAGACGACAAUAUCAACAACCUUGUAGACGUAAAAUUCAGCAACGUUGCUUUUAGCACAAAUUAUGCCUUGAUAAAAAAAAUUAUGAAGUAUGGUGAAGAGAGAAAAAAGGCCUAUAAAUGCAUUAUAUACCACUCCUCCCCAAUGACUAAAGAAAAAAUUGAAAAAAUAAAUCAAGACGUUUUAAGUUAUGAUAAAAACGACAUGUGUGUAAUUAGUGUAAUGCAAAAAACUCCAAUAAGGGUACUCCAUAGAAGGAGUCUACUAAAACGGGAAAAGAAAAUUUUCGAAUUCAACCUCGUUUUUGUUCAUGAACAUUUUUCCUUAUUAUAUUUAUUGGCGCAAUCAGGGAUGUAUAUAAAAGAGUUCGUUAAUGGAGACAGAGGGAGAACUUUUCCAAACUUGAAACACUUCUUUGGGCAGGACACGUUCGUGAAUAUAUUAAACUUAGAUGUUUCGAGUUUUACCUACGAUUUGGAUGUCCAGUAG